GACGACAAACCAAAAUAUGAUAUUUUCAAACAAUUAUUGGCUCAUACAUUUAUAGCAGGUGCAGCAUAUCAUCCAAGGAUAACCUGAAGAGAAAUCAAAGAACAGCAGCGACAAUGAUGAACAACAAACAAUCGACAGAGAGAUGUGCUGUUGUGACUGGCGCAAACAAGGGAAUCGGGUUUGAGACGGUUAGGCAGCUGGGCGCUUCAGGCGUGACAGUGGUGCUGACAGCCAGAAAUGAGAAAAGGGGUACAGAGGCCAGGUCUUUGCUACAUGGACUUGGUUUAUCAAAUGUGUUGUAUCAUCAGCUUGAUGUGCAAGAUCUCCAAAGCAUACAAGCUUUGGCCAAUUUCAUACAAACCCAAUUUGGAAAACUUGAUAUCUUGGUGAAUAAUGCUGGAGCUUCUGGAGUUAUAGUUGAUGAAGAUGGUCUAAGGGCUCUAAAUAUAGAUCCACAAUCUUGGCUCUCAGGCAAGGCAACAAAUUUGGUUCAGGGAGUGAUGAAAACGACCAAUGACUCAGCAAAAGAAUGCAUUGACACAAACUACUAUGGUGUCAAGAACGUAACACGAGCACUCCUUCCGCUCCUAGAACGUUCCCCUUCCGGGGCAAGGAUUGUAAAUGUGUCUUCCCUUCGAGGUGAAUUGUGGAGGAUUCCGAACAAACAAAUAAGAAAGGAACUCGGAGAUCUACAGUCUUUGAGUGAAGAGAAGAUUGACGGAUUUGUAGAGAAGUUUUUACAUGAUUUAAGGAACCAUGAACUGGAAGUCAAUGGGUGGUCAAAGAUGUUACCAGCUUACAGUGUGUCUAAGGCCAUGCUUAAUGCUUACACUAGAGUUCUUGCAAAAACAUACCCAAAGAUGUGCAUCAACUGUGUACAUCCCGGAUAUGUCAACACCGAUAUAAAUUGGCACACAGGUACUAUGACAUUGGAAGAGGGAGCACAGGGCUCGGUUAUGUUAGCUCUUUUGCCUGAAGGAAGUCCUUCUGGUUGCUAUUUUGACCGUACCCAAGUUGCUGAAUUUUGAACUCGGUUGUUGUAGCUUAAAUUUAGCCACAAAAAAAAAAUGGCUUGUUUGAAUAUGUGGAUUAUGUGCUAAGUUUGGUACUUCAAUAUCACAAUGGCUUCUGUUGAUCUA